AUUGCUGAACUUAGGAGUAUAUUCACAAUAUAUCGCUCGAAUAAACAUUUUCGUGUGUAUUUAUUUAUUAAUUAUGGCGUACAUUAAUUCAAAAGUGAAUAUGAGUGAUUCAAAUGUGUUAAAUCAAAGUGAUGUGGAUUUGUUUGAUUUGUACGAACAUUUUAAAGAAAAAGAAAUACAACAAAUUGCCACUUAUAAAAUUGUUGCAUAUAUAUUUGGCAUAAUCAUCUUUCUAAGCAAUUUGACCGUUGUUGUAUCCAGUGGCCUGAUUUUAAAGAAAGGGUUACAACCAAAGAGCACGUACAUGUUGCUCGGCAAUGUCUCCCUUGCAGAUGCUAUCACCGGUUUAUCGAUUAUAUUUGGAGUCAGCAUGGAAAACUUAAUUAAUUCCAGUCCUAUGUGUAUAUUUCAAAUCGGUAUGCUUGUUUGUCCGGCAAUGGUGUCGUUAUUUAGCGUCGGCCUUAUAGCUGUCGACCGAUAUAUUUACAUCCUCCAUGGGCUUUACUAUCAAAGGUGGUUCAGUACCACGAAAGUAAGAAUCGGCAUCCUUGGCUUUUGGUUGAUUGGCAUCACGCUGGGAUUUUUACCCGCCAUCGGCUUUGUCAACACUGAGCUAAAACAUUCUCGAUGCUACUACGUCGCUUUAUUUCCGGGUGCGAUAAUCCUCCUCAAUUCUCUUCUUAGUAUAGUUCCCAUCAUACUUGUAGCCGUCCUCUACAGCAUAAUCUUGGUGAAAGCUUUAAAAAACGUUAAAGAAAUUAAUGCAACAGUUAAAAGUGUUAACUCAAGCAAAAGUAAAAUACCUGAAAUGAGAAUUAAUAGAGGGAACUUUAAUCUGAAAAAAUCUGCUCAAUCGGUUAAACUACCUCAUACGACCAAAAAAGUCGAAAUUACAAGAAGCGCAUCAUUUAACGGAAGUAUAAAUCAUAAUCUUAAUCAUAGUCCAAAUAAACUCAACUAUAAAUCCAAAAGCAAUGACGAACUUAAUGAUAAUAAAAUAACGCAAAACAAUCGUGUAGCAUUUGUAAUGGACAGUGAUAGUCUAAAAAAUUACGAAUCUGAUUUUAGUAUACAGUCUAUUAAUUCUAGUUACACAGAACAAAGCAAUGCUACGGACAGAAAAGAAUCACGCGUAAUAGAUAUGAGAAAUCUCGAAAACGGACAGAAGAGAAAAAAAAAUAAAGUGAGAGAGCCAAAUAAAUGGCGUGCCAUAGUUAUUGUGAUGUUAACUUCAGGAAGUUUCAUUGUUACUUGGAUGCCAUUUUUCAUAACAGUAAUAUUUUUUGUUUUCUGUCAAGAGAAACAAAGGAAUCCGAAGUGUCUGCAUCUAAGAAUGUUGCUCGGUGGACCCCUCGCCACAUUAGCAUUUCUCAACAGUAUUUUAAAUCCUUUGAUAUACGCUUGGUGGCAUAAAGGCUUUCAAAGGUCCAUAAGAACAUAUUUUCGAAUACAUCUCCGACAUUUUUUUCGGAAAGACGUUUUAAGAUAGUUUACUUGCUUAUGUCAAGGUUAGUUAGCUCUCUAUUUUAAAAUAUAGUAUUAUAUUAAAUGGCUAUAUUAAUUUAAAUCAUAAUAUAAAAGAAAUUAGUAUUUUUAAUAUAAAUUUGAGAUAUUUUAAAGCAACGUAAUG